CCCUCUUUCAUGACGCACGACACCCUGCGCGCAGAAUACGCGUCCGCGCUCGCAGCCCCGCCCGGCGAUGUGUCCCCUGCGCGCAUUGCGGACCUGAAACGGCAGCUAGACGCCAUCGUUUAUCCCGUGGCUCACCUCCCGACCGAAAUCACGCAAUCGAUCUUCGAGCGGCUCGUCACCCCGCCGCCCGACGUGACGAACGACCGGUGGUGGAUCGCGCCGGCGGUGGAGUUAACGCCGACAACCGCGCCGAUGCUGCUGAUGCAGGUGUGCGCUAGCUGGCGUGCGAUCGCACUCCAGCUUCCCGCGCUGUGGGCCGCUGUGAAGAUCACGUUUCGCGGGCCGGACCGGGGACCGCCGGUCGGGGAGGAGCUGGAUACGUGGCUGACGGUGGCAUGCCCAACGCCGAGGGUGCUCACGCUAGCAGGCACUGUGGUGGGGCGCGAGCGCGCACAUGCAGAGGCGGUGCUGAAGAAGCACGCGGGGGGCGUGACGCAUCUGCGGCUGUCGCUGGAGUUAGAGAGCCUUGGGCUGCUGCAGUGGAGCUUCCCCAUGCCAGUACUGCGCCGGGCAUACGUCACGCUCGCUCAGGACUUCGGCGUGGGCGUGUUUACGUCGGACGAUUUCGUGCAGCUGUUCCGGGACACCCCGGCGCUGCACGACAUCACCGUGCACGGGAACAUCCGGCGCGGCAGCUUCGCGCUCCCGUGGGGCCAGCUCACUGCGGUGAACAGUGACAGCUGGUCUGCCGCGGACUGCCUCGCAGUGCUGCAGGCCUGUCCGCGGCUCGAAAAGGCGACCUUCACCGACGUGUUUGAAUCGCCCAUGCCCCCGCCGGCUGGCCCGAUCCGUCCCGCCGCGCUGGCGGUGCUUCAGUGCACGCCAUUCCUUCCCCAGCUCUGUGACUUCCUCCAGCCGCCCAAUCUUACAUUCCUCGUCACAUCACACGCGCCCAAACCCCCGCGGCACGGCCGAUUCCCCGCAUUCCUGGCGCCGUUCUCACACACCCUCACUACGUUCGACUACGCCGCCCACUACCACUCGGACGCGGACCCGCUCGCGGUCACGUGGUUCGAUCCGCUUGUCGCGCUCGAGAAGCUCCAACUCAUCCGUCCGCCGGAGGCGUUCACCCGCGCGUUCCUGCUCCGCCUCGACCGCGCCACGCACCCGCAGUUCCUCCCCCGCCUGCGCCAGCUCGUGAUCCGGAAGCAACAGCUCUUCAUCGAUCUCGCCGUCAUCAAGGCCGCGUGGACGCGCUGCCCGUGCAUCCCGUACGACGACUUCUUCCUGCCCGAAAAUGCGGAGGCCGCUGAGCCGACUUCCCCGGCACCGGAACCCGCGCCGGCGCCGGACCCGCCCCUGCCGACGCUCGACGCGCUCGUGUUCAUCCACCACCCGUUCCCGCGGAGCGCCGCGUACCCCGGGCUCGGCGGGCCGGACGCCGUCGGCGACGUCGACUGGGACGCGCUCGCGGACCUUCUGUGGGCGACCGAGGACGCGGAGGGCCGCCCGAAGAUGGCCGUGCACGUCGGCACGGAGCGCGAGAAUUUCGUGGUGCCGUGGGACCCGGAGGGAAGGGAGAUGAAGAAGACGAGGCCCGGGGAUCCGAAACUUGACUCUUGA